AACAUUAAGUGAAUCAUAGAGAGGAGCAUCCUGGUUCCAGCUCUGCUAUAUAUUCUGAGGCAACAGCAGGACGGACACACUCUUCCUGAGGGAUCAGGUCAGGAAGACAUCAAACUGUUCGGACCAACCUGUCUCUGCUCCUCAGGUCAGAAUGAAGAUGCUGAUUGGACUUUGUGGACUGAUCUUGGUCCUUCUUUCCAGCGUCACAGCACAACUGCAGAAACGUCCGGUUGAUGUGUUUUCUCAGGGAUCGGACUGCACUGAGAUUAAGAGGCUCCUGCCAGAGUCACGCAGCGGAGUUUAUAUGAUCCAACCUGCUGCAAGCAGAAUCCCCUUCAAGGUGUUCUGUGAGAUGCGUCCCGAUGGCGGCUGGACGGUGAUUCAGAGACGCACCGGAGCUGCAGUUUCCUUCAGAAGGAACUGGGCUUCAUAUGAAGCUGGUUUUGGUCAGCUGACAGGGGACCACUGGCUGGGUUUGGAGAAGAUUCACUGGCUGACCCGGUCCAAGAGGACGACCUUGAGGGUGGACCUGUGGGACCAUGAAGGUGGAACCGCUUACGCCGAAUACAAGAACUUUAAUCUGGGGAAUCGAAACACGACUUACGAACUCCACGUGGGGAGAUACUCAGGAACUGCGGGUGACGCCAUCCGAGGUGAAAAGUAUGAAAUGGACCAGAAUGGCUUUGGCUUCAGCACGUCGGACAGAGACCACGACGACUGCGACCCCUGCAUCUCCGGCAAAAUCACCGUGUCAGAAUGCGCCCAGUCGGACGGCGGGUGGUGGUUCAGCCGGUGUGGCUCCGCCGCUCUGAAUGGUGACUACCACGAGUCCGGCGACCACAUCGGCAUGAAAUCGGGCCUCCACUGGAGGACCUGGAAGAAGCCGACGCCUUACUCGGCCAAGGCCACCAGAAUGAUGAUCAAGUCUGAGUGAGAUGAGCCUUUCAUUCCCUGUGGAAAAACAUUCAUGUCAUUAAACAAAGUGACAAACUGAGCUGAGUGACUCAUUUAUAACUUUUACCUGAGCGUAGAAUAAAAGGAUUGCCAAAUCACCCGACAUGUAAAACUCGUUUCCACAGAUUCUAUCAACUCAACUUUGGGCCCCAGCCAGUAUUUGAACCCAGGACCUUCUUGCUGUGAGGCAAGAGCGCUAACCACCACGCCACCGUGCAGCCCUAGGCCACCAGAAUGAUGAUCAAG